CGCCAACAAUCAUACACGGUAAGAUUCAACUGUGAUAGAUUGCCUGAGGUGCGAACACGAAAGGCUGCAGAUUUCMCACUGCUGAACCCAAAGAAGCCAAAUCAAAUCCAUGAACGCUAGAARGAAUAUCUGUUUCUUGUCGUGUCGGUACCUCCCUCUGCAUCUGCAUCUAGCACUUCUUCUUCUUCCCAUUUUAGGAACCCUGUCACUGAUUUUGCCGUCGCAUUCCCAUCCUAAAUCCUUCCGUAGAACAACAAGCACGAUGCAGCAUCAACGUCCGCAAAAAGGCUUCGAUUCCGCUUCCACCGCAAGUAUGGCAUCAAACGUUCGCCACGCUGCCUUCUCGGGCUCCGAUAACGUUCCACAACCAGACAAAAAACUUAUGACAGAUUCCUCUCACCGUCCGAAGACGCGUGGGUCAUUCGGAAUCAUGGUGGUCGGUUUGGGUGGAGCCAACGGAACCACCAUGCUGGCGGGCAUCCUCGCACACCGACUAAAUGUCGAGUGGUAUGGACCCAAGGGAGAACCAAACAAACCAAACUACAACGGAUGCAUCACGCAGUUGAAUUCCAGAGGCGUCCACGGUGGCGUGGGAUACCGCAACCUCUCUCCGGCACUCGACAAGCGUCUGGGGGAUGCCAGCAUGGCAGCUGUCGGUGGAUGGGACAUCCGACCGACUCCGCCCGGAGAUGCCCUGCUGGAAGGGCAGAUUCUCGAUUACGAUCUGGUGCGCCAGGUUCGAUCCGAAAUGAACAAGGUCAAGAUCUUUCGGGGGCUCUUUGAUCCGAGGUUCAUCGGGGACAGCCAGCACGARGCGGCCACCCACGUUCUCACCGAGCAGGACGCCACGUGCGAUAGUGAUGCCCUAAAGUGUUUGAGGGCCGACAUCCGAUACUUCAAGUGGAGAAACGGAGUCGUGGGACACACGACGGUGAUCUGGAGCGCCAGCGUCGAACCCAACAGCGAGCUGGUUUCGCAGCUCAAGACACCUAACGACCUCAUGCGCAGCAUCGAGCUCUCGGAGGAAGAACGGGGAGGGCCCCUUCCCCCAUCCCUCUUGUACGCAACCGCAGCAUUAUUAGAGGGAUGUUCCUUUGUGAACGGAGGAAGCCAGAACACACUGGCAUGCCCUGCCUUGUGGGAACUGGCGAARCAGCAACUAGGCGUUUACUGCCUUGGAACCGACUUUAAGGCCGGCCAAACGAAAUUUAAAACGGCCGCCGUGGAAUACUUGCGAACGAUGGGAUUGACCCCUAUGGUCAUCGCCUCUUCGAACCAUCUCGGAAACAAUGACAUGCGCAACCUCGACUCGGCCAAGGCCGCGCGUUCGGCCAAGCUGCGGGUCAAGCACGACAUUUUUGCACCCUGGGAAGAACCACAAAUCGAUCACAAGGUCAGCGUUAUGUUCACCCCUUACAUCAACGAUGACAAGCGCGAUUUUGUCGAAUACACCAGCCUGGGAUUCAUGGGCCAACCCCACACGAUGGUCACCUACACCCGGGCAUCGGACUCCGUCCUUUGUGUCCCGCUCAUGAUCGAUGCCGCGGUUUGGUGCGACUACUUUGCCGGACGCUCCUGGCCCUAUGAAAAGGUCAGUCAGGCCCUGGCAUAUUUGUUUAAGGUGCCGGAAGGUGGAGCCAAGGGAGUGGAUCCUGGAUUUUUCCGUCAGAUGGAGACCCUAAAAGAAAACGUCUUUGCGGCGCUUGAUGGCACUAUUUCUUCUAGGAGCGGAGGGGUUCUUGCAGCGGCGACUAUUAGUAACCAAAGUAMGGUUGUUGCGGAGGAAGGCAAUGCCAAGCGAAGGGUCCGCAUCCGUGCCGGAGAAGAAGAAAAGGUGGUCGAGUGGGCUAUUCCCCACGAAGCCAGGGUAAUUUGUGCGGGUUUGGCGUGUGUUGAUAUGCAGCUCAAUCAGGCGACUGGUGGAGACGGCGGAGAAGGCAUCGAGAGCUUCGAGGGAGAAAAGACCAUUGGAGGAGGAAGGUAUGUAUUGUUGCGACUUUUAUGUUGCAUAUGAAGAAAACAAACAGAGUCAAGGGCUGCAAGCGAGCACAAGAGAAACGGUUGAAUAUCCACUCUAUCCUGGACCGAUCGAAGGGUUUCUUGAUUUUUUUCGUUCGCUCGUUGAUCGCCAAUAGUUUUCUCUGACGAAAUUCCGUGUUCUUUUUGUAUGAUAUCGAACCCAAAAAAGUGUUUCAAUGGCUUGUAAGACACUUGCUCGCUUGUGCCACGGAGAAGCCCUGGACGAGGCCUAYAUGCAGGUUACCCCUCCGGUGGUGUCUAGCGUCGCUCCGUUGUGCAUGGUGGGAAAUGAUGACACGGGUACAAAGUUGCUUUCUCUGUUGGAAAAUUGUGGAUCGGCCUCUAGAAAUAUCGAUACCCGAGUGGUGCGAAAUUGCCGAGCGAAAAACCCAUCGAGUCGAACAGCUUUGGCUGUCCUACCUAUCUACCAGGAUGGUCGUCGAGGAUGCUUCUUUGACGCUGCUUCAAACAAUGAAUUCACAACCGACCAGUUGCUUGAUAUGAUUUCCGAACUAUCUCCAAACCUAAAGUCAAAGGAAGGAGUGGACACCACAGGGAUGUCAAUGCCAUCAUAUGGAGGACUCCUCUUUGGCUAUCCUCACUUAUUGCCACGCAUUCAAGGACAGGCAUUGUCACACUUUUUCCAGCAGUCUCGCAGAAUCAUGAUUGAUCAAGGAAUCAUUGCCUUAGAUUUGAAUGGUGUUCCGAAACCUGAUUUACCCUUUGUUAUGACAGGAUCACUUCGCAGCUUGAACGAUCUUCRGAACGACAGAGUAAUAGGGCCAGCUUUGGAACACGUUGAUAUUCUGCACAUGAAUGAAGAUGAACUAGUGUUACUGACUGGAUGUCAGAUCCUCGACACGGAYGAUUCUCAACAAGAGGACGAAUUUGCUAUUACCAAGGCCGUGGAAUUAUUUCUGCAAUGUGGUGUUGCAGUUGUAGCUGUAACUCGAGGAAGCAAAGGAAGCUAUGUGGCAUGUGCUUCAUCCGAACGUUUCGAACGAAGUCCUUCGUUGUAAGUUUCUUUUGAACACGAAUUCCUCUUCAUAUCAUGGUAUUCUUGAAAAACUUUUCUCUAACACAUCCGUUCGUUUUCUAGACCUAUGUCUUGGAUCAAUUSUUCUGCCCACAUGCCAGCAGCGUUGCUUCCGGAGGGAACUCGCUUGAAUACCAACGGUGCUGGUGACGCUUACACRUCCGGACUUUUAAUUGCAACGAUGCUUCGUCACACUGGAAAGAUUACUUCGAAUACGCCUAAACCUUCUAUUGCAGGSGAAGUGCCCCAAAAGAAAGAGGAAUUGGCUUCUUCUGCAAGGGGYACUUCUCGUAGUGGGAAAAAGAUGACUCCAUACACACUAUACAUGAAAGAAAAUUACGUUUCGCUCAAGCAGCAGUGUAAGGACGACAAAAAGGCAAUCUUCACUAGAUGUCACGAAAUGUGGGAGAAUGAGACUGAUGAAGUAAAGGGGAUGUACGAAAGGAUGGUCAAGGAAGAAUAUGAUGAUACUGGAAGUGAUGUUUUCAGUGACACGAGCCUCGACGCCCUUGAUAUCUCUGACAUUUCUUCUUCCAAKAAAAGUAGUGGUGCACAGUUUCAAAUCGAACAAAAGGAAAAUGCGUGCCUGAAUCUUGAAUCGGCGAUUCAAUUUGCUGGGCUCGUAGCGGCAUAUCAUGUCGACACAAAGACAAGAGACCUGAAUAGUCUUGAUCUUGGCAGUCUACUUGAAGGAUCCAUUGUAUCCCUUUCACACAUGGCUCAAAACGAAAUCUAAGUUUUCUGAUUUCUACUUUCGACUYCGACAAUGGAUAUUGCAAUAUUCGUAUCUAGAUGUCCCUUCUGAAUAAAGAAAGUACAGUAAA